AUGGACCCGAUCCACGCCCACCUCACCGACGACACCCUACUAACUGACAAAACCAAGGCAAAAGCAGUACGACGACGAUCGGCUCGGUACCUUCUUUUGCAAGGCGUCCUCUAUCAGCGCAGCUACUCCCUACCGUUGCUGAGAUGUGUUACACCACAACAGGGAGACUACAUCUUGCGCGAGAUACACGAGGGUGCGUGUGGUGAUCACUCGGGAUCCCGAUCCUUGGCCUUCAAGGCCGUUCGGCAAGGCUAUUAUUGGCCAACUCUCCACGCUGACGCCACCCAGAUUGUGCAAAAGUGCGAUCUGUGCCAACAUUUCGGAUCUGUAUCGAAAAUUCCUGCCGAACCACUCAAUCCAAUGGCUAGCCCAUGGCCAUUCGCCCAAUGGGAACUCGAUCUCAUCGGCCCUAUGCCGCAAGGCACGGGUCAGCUUAAGUUCGCAGUCGUCGUCGUCGAUUACUUCACCAAAUAG